CGGGUGCAGGUCUCGGCUGGGUGCGGGCGGCUGGGCGGCCUCCGGGGCGCGGAGGCUCGGGGGGCGGGGGGAGGCAGACGGCAGCGGCAUGGCGGCCGGGCGCGAGGCGCCCAACCCUCCUCCUCCCGGCUGCCGCCGCCGGAGUCGCCGGGGCCCCUGGGUCUGCGCGUGUGAGCCGUGAGCCCGCCGCCUCCCCGUCAGCCCGCGGUCUCGCCCGCUCCUCGCUCUCCCCGCGGCGGGGCCCGCCCGGCGCGGCCGGGGCCAUGGAGGACGUGAAGCCGGAGUUCCCCUCGCUCCCGCAGGGCAGAGAGGACGCCGAGGUCUCCCGUCCCUGACGUCUGCAUUGCGUUCUUGUUGCCGGUGUAGAGAACUGUGUGGUAUUGCAGACGUCUCAAUUCGGGUUUUUGCGAAGACUAAAUUACUAACAGGACAAGGAUAUUCAGUGGUGCUUUAGUGGGAUCCGAAGAGAAAGAAACCUAAAAUUUCUGUUUUUAAGAGAUCAUUCCGUUUAUACCAGAUGUUCACUCUGUGGAAUGCCUUCAUUUGUGGUUCACAUUUUUUACUGGAGGGGGGAUCUUUUGCUGCUGCUGAUAAUCCUUGAGAAUGUCAUGUUCGAAGAGUAGACUCUUAAAUAGGAAAAAAAGUAGAAUUUACGUUAGGUUAAAAAUGAAUUCACACUUUUUUCUUUGUUUUGUACGGACUAAUGUGAAUGAGGAGUAUGCUUUUACAUCCUCACAAUGAUUCCGUAAUUUCAGCACUGGAAGCAAUAUUAGAAAUAAUGCAGAGCCAUUCCCACUUUUAAGGUGAAAAAAAUGUAGCUUUCUAAGAAUAAAUGAUAGACCUAGCACAAGACACUAGUGAGAACCUUGGUCUCCUCAGUCUUAAUACACCUCUCUUCUUCCCUGUUCUAAUCUGAAUAAUUCUAGUUUACAGUGUUUACAGACUUUGCAUUUAAUCUUUUAUUGUGUAAAUAACAUAGCUUAUCCUUGCAAAGAUUAUAAAAUCUUAUGAGGGAUAUAGCUUACUUCUUUCCUGUGUCGGACAAAAGUAAUGCUGAAACCUAGUGUAAAAGGAUGUACAUAUUAUCUACUGAAAGCCUGUUCAUCGCUUAUUUCAUGGCAUUGGAUGUUUGUUAUCUCUCUGUUACAAGUGACAAAAACCAGAGGAGCUUAAGCAAAAAAGAAAAGAAGUAACUAAAUCCAGAAAGUUGGGAGUGCAGCUGGUCCCAGGCACUUGACUGGACUGUAUUACAAUGCAUCAAAACUGCCGCUGCCUUUCGUUAGUGCUUCUCUCUACUUUCUGUCAGGGUGUUCUUUUUCUUGGCCUUCUUCACAGUUAUGCAGUUUGGCCAUCAGUUGCUUGAGGGUCACACCCUUACAGCAUGCACACUGAGGAAUAAAAGUGCCUUUCUCUAAGCUUCAGUGUUUCACAUCUAGAGGAUUGGCCCAGUUUAGGUCACAUGCCCAUCCUUUGGAUCAGUCAAGAGAGCCAGGAAGGGGUGAAUACAGUGAGGGGUCCAGUCUAGGUCAGAUACUCACUUUCUGGGCUAGGGGAGCGGAGUUUAUCAUUGCUAGCCCUCCCACCAUAAACCGUAGGAGUAUUUCACAGAAGAUGCAGAAUGCUCUCUGGGCACGCAGAAUUAUAAAUAACCAUUGAAUAGGGCAUAUAAUUACUCAUGAUAAACUGACUAAUAAAACAGAAGGUUGAUUUUCUAAUUUCCAGUGAGAUUUGUAAAGCAGCAAAUAGUCUUACAUGGUUAUGGUGAGCAGUCAGCAUAGUUCCUUCCACACAGGAAGCACUAACAGGCACAGUCCAAAUCUUGCUUAAAUAAAAAAGAAAUUCAAGUACAGAGACUUCAGUAACGACUCUUAAUGAUUGAUGUGAUCUGGCUAUGAUAAUCCUGUCACUUCUGUGAGAAGAUUACGUCCAAGUUUCUGGAAAUACUGGUCAGAGCACUCUUUACAGGAUAGCUCCUAGCAAAAAUUUAGCUGUUCAGAUCAGUUUGCAAGAAGAUUGUCAUUCCUUUAAAACUGCUGUGAUUUCCCAUUGUUUUGAGGAUGAAGUUCAAACCCUUAACUUGUCAUCUGCACAGUCCUGUGUGAACUGGCAUCACAUGCCUCUCUAAUCUCAUUAGGAGCUACUCUUCCCCUUGCUCCAUUCUCUGUGUGCCCUGUCCAUAGUCGUCUUCUCUUAGUUUCUGGAAUGCUUCAGUUUUGUCCCCCUGCCUCAGAACCUUUAGGUUACUAUUUUACCCUGCCAUGACUGCCAGCAUUCCUUUUGCCCUCUCCUAAUUAACUACUUGCUCUUGGGUUAGAUCUCACUUCCCUGAUUUUGUCAAUUCGUCCUGUCUCCUCUCCCAUUCUCCAGACUAGUUCAAUCCCCCAGGUUUAUAAACCUCUGUAGCACUUGGUACUUUUACUUUCAUACCUACCUUUGUAACAGGUAUCAUACGUACAAUUUUGGUCGGUCUCUGUUUUCCAUGAUAGCCUGAAAGUUUCUUAAGGGCGCUUAGUCACCAGUAAAUUCCUGUCUUGUUUGCCACUAUUUCUUUCAUUUCACAGUGUCUGAUAUAUAUCGUAAGGUUGAUGAAUUAGUGAAAGAAUCUUGAUUGGUUUUGAUAGUAGAGUCUUGUGGCAAGAUUACAGUAGUAUUUUUACAUGUGAAUAAAAAAAGCAGCUUACAGUAACAGUUUUUAAACAAAUUAGUUACACAGGGCUGUUGGUUUUAUAAUUCAAAAAUAAUGUUUUAUUUUCUUUUCUGAUUCUGUUUUGUGACGUGUCCCAGCUCAGGUAUAGUAUUCUGAUGUUUUGUUUUUGUUUUUUCUAAACUCCCCCAACCUAUAUUUAAAAAAAAAAUCCUCUUAGUAUUUCUAAAAGUUAUGUGUUUCAGCCAGCCUGAUGCAUCUGGUGAUAAGAAUUAAUGUCAGCCUAUAGCCUUUGGUGCAUUUAUUUACUUGUUUAUUGGUCUUUGAACAUUUUUAUAGCAUGUUUUCUGUCCCCUAAAUGUGAUUUUAUAUAUAAUGUAACUGCAUUUGCUUGAGAAGGAAGAAGAGAGCCUGAAAGAUGUUUUAUUCAGUGGUACCUUCUAGCGCAUAGUGAUGAUUGAAGGAUUUUCACUUUUGAAUUUCUAUCAGAAGCAUGGUGUAUUUAACAGUUGAGGAUAUUUUUAGCUUAGCUGGCUUGCUUUGGUUUGAGAAAUAUAGUUGGACUGCUUUGCUAAUCAUCGAAGUUUGGGAAAUUGAUUUUACUGAUUAACUAUACUAGUAACUCAAAAUAGAUCAUUGGCAGUUAUAAUGGGAGUCUGCCCCAUUAAUACGACCAUCUCUAAAGUGAUGGAUUUUAGAAACCAUGUGGGCAGGCUGAGAUUAAGAUUGAGUGUGAUACAUGCAAGACUUGGUUAUUAGAGACGUGUUCAGACAGAUACGUGUCUGGUAGAGCAAGACGGUAAGCAUGAAUGACUUUCAGAAUCUUGAUCUAGUCCACUAAAUGCAGAAUUGGUAGACAAGGCAGGGUUGAUUUGUUACGUAGGUAGUCAUCAGGGCUAGAUAAACAUAGAGGGUAGACUCCCAAGAUCAGGAUCCGAUGAUAGCACCAGGAAAUGUGCCACGUGAAGUUUUCUGUGAGAAAAAGCUUUCUAGGUUUCAGAGGAUCCGUGCUUCUUACAGCAAGUCAUGCCUGCUGAAGUAGGCUGCGUGCUUGUCUGUCCUGUGAAGAGUAAUUUUCAUUCUCUUCUGUACAGCUUGCUUUUUACUCCUGUAAUCUCUGUUCUAUAAAUACAGCAUACAUGUUCUAUUGAAUACAACCUUAUGAGAAGCUCAAAAUUUAUUGGAAGCCUCUUGUUUCACUUAAAAAUUCAUGUGAAUUUUGCAUCCUCUUCCAUAUGUUCAUGUUUGUUUUAAUAUAAAUGUUUUAAAUUAGUGAAAAUAUUUUUUUCUCCAGGAAAAAAACAAACUUCUGAUAAAAUUGAUACACCAGAAAGAAGCACAUGUUCAUCCUGUGGCUUUAAGUGCCAUCUGGCAUAUUGGGUAGUGUUCCCUGGAAUAUAUGUCCAUUUCCCUAUAUAUGUUCCUCUGUUUUUCUUCUUUCAUCACACAGUAAUGUAGAGAUUUCAUCUUAGGUGAACUCAAAAGUACACAUUUCUUGAAUUGCUUUCUUCUUUCUCACAACCCUGAUGAGUUUUUUUAGGAAGAUAAGGCUGACUGUUAGACUACUAGAGAAUCUUUAAAAGAAAAGAAAAAAGAAAGAAAGAAAGAAAAGAAAAAGAAGUAACAUCCAUAGAAUCUGGUGCCGUCGAUCACCUCGAUGCCUGGCAUGUGGCCGGCAGUGUGCUCUGUGACUACAAUGACAAGAGUCUUUGACCUAACUUCCUUAAAAAUUUUUCUGUAUAAAAAGGUUAUAACAUACUGGAGUGGACCUACCCUAUGAGACGAGAGAUGCAGGAAAUUUUGCCCGGAUUGUUUCUAGGCCCAUAUUCUUCCGCCAUGAAGAGCAAGGUGAUUGGAAGUUUUUUAAAGUUAAUGUCAUUCCUUUUGGAACUGGAAGGCUUUUUGACUAUUGAGGCAUGUCUGAGUAACCCUAGUCAUCUUGAUGGCCUGCAGCUAAGCUGGAGGGGCGGAAGGUGGUAAAAGUAUGUACGUAAAUAAAUACUAAGGGAAGGAUGUAGCUGGUGCAUAACUACAGAAUUAACUGAAACUUACUUUUUAAAAGUAAAGUUAUUGCCAAAUAAUGUAAUACUCACAAAUACUGGCCUUCAGGAUGAUUUUGGACUAUUUGCUUCUUGUAUUCUCUCUGUGCUUUAUAAAUACACCUAUUAUACUCUUUGUCACAUUAAUUUAUAAGUAUUUGUUUACAGAUCUGUCGUCUCAAACCUCUUCCCCCUGAUUUCAUUAGACUGAAGUAAAGCUUCUAUGGCAAAAUUUGAUGAUUUCCCACUGUGAGUCAUUAUAGUAUAGCUCGUGUUUCUUUUCAUAUCAUUAUUCAAAAAUAUAACAAAGGAAUAACGGAGAUAAAGAAACCUUAGGGAAUAAGGUGUUCUAAUAAACUCAUUUAGUUUAGCCUGUCUUUUAUUACAUUCAAAUACAGUUUUAAUAAAAGGGACAUAUUUAGGCUCUUUGUAAGUAGUGAACUAUUUCUUUUUCUAAUGUAGUUUUUGCAAAUUUUUCUGCAUAAUUUGCUUUGUAUAAAUGAAAGUCUGUUGAAAAGUAAAAAUUAUUUUGUGUUCUGUUACUUUUGGGUUCUAUCUUAAGGUUUGUUUCUACUUAGUAAUCUAAUAUGCCUUCCAAGCUUGUUAAAACAGGUUUUUAUCCCUAAUUAUAUAUGUCUUCUUGUAGUUUCUCACAUUAGUAGCAUAGAUGUGAAAACUUCACAUCAUAGAUCAAUCAUAAACAAAGGAAUGAAUAUUGAAUUCACUUUGGAACUUCCUUAAAUGUGAAUAUGGAACAUGAAUUUUUUUUUUAAGAUUUUUUUUUCAUAUGGACCAAUUUUCUUUUUUUAAGUCGUUAUUGAAUUUGUUACAAAAUUGCUUCUGUUUUAUGUUUUCGUUUUUUGACCAUGAGGCAUGUGGGAUCUUAGCUCCCAAAAAGGGAUCAAACCCACACACCUGCAUUGGAAGCUACCUAUCCUACAGAAACAUGGAAUAACUCAUAUAAUAUGUAUAAGACAAAAUAUUGAAGCAAACUUUAUUAAACCCAACUUUCAACAAUUAUUUAGAUAUUUAGUCUUGGAUAUUGCAGAUAAUCCAGUUGAAAAUAUAAUACGUUUUUUCCCCAUGACUAAAGAAUUUAUUGAUGGGAGCUUACAAAGUGGAGGAAAAGUUCUUGUCCAUGGGAAUGCAGGCAUCUCCAGGAGUGCUGCCUUUGUUAUUGCAUACAUUAUGGAAACAUUUGGAAUGAAGUACAGAGAUGCAUUUGCUUAUGUUCAAGAAAGAAGAUUCUGUAUUAAUCCUAAUGCUGGAUUUGUCCAUCAACUUCAGGAAUAUGAAGCCAUCUACCUAGCAAAAUUAACAAUACAGAUGAUGUCGCCACUUCAGAUAGAAAGGUCGUUAUCUGUACAUUCUGGCACCACAGGCAGUUUGAAGAGAACGCAUGAAGAGGAAGAUGAUUUUGGAAACAUGCAAGUGGCGACUGCGCAGAAUGGCUGAUUCAAGAGCAACAGUAUAGAGGAUGGGAAUUUCUGUUUGGGAAGGAGAAAGUACUACAGACAGUAAUAAUGUAUAAUGGCAAAAACACAAGAAGUAUUUUCUUUUCAAUUACAUGUUGCUUCCAGACGUGUCUUUCUGCAACUUGUUGAGCAACAUUUUAAGAUGUUGAACUUCUGCAAUAGAUGGCACUGAUGGUUUUAUUCCUUUUUUUUUUUUUUUAAUUCUUUACAGUUUUAUUAUAAACCAAGAAUUUUGGACUUGCAAAGAGGUAUUAUUGCAAUAAUGCACUUUUCAUACUUGAAAUUUAUUUGUAUGAUAUAAAGUUGUUACUUUAAACAAAAUGCAAGUUAGGGGGGAUUUGUUUAUAAAAUCUGGGUAAUUUAUAACAAAAGAAUUUCCUAAAGUUUGCUAAAAAUUCAUUUUGUGUUCUACAUAUUACAUUUUAAAAAUAAUUUUACAGUUCGGUUUUAUGAUGGAGCCUCUUACAGAAACAUUAACAAAUGCAGGAAUCUGCCACAUUUCUUUUUUAGUAUAAUUCAAUAGCUUAAUUAUCUUUUAAUUUUUUUAAACUUAUUGAUCCCUUAUUAAUAAUCUUUAAAUCAUGACAUUAGCCAGCUGUCCUUACUUUAACAUGAUCCAAGUAUUGCUUCUUUUCCUAUUACCUUAUAGAAAAAAAAAAAGUUUAAAUGAACAAAGGAACAUGUUUUGCUUUAUCAUACCAGAUGCUCAAAAACAAGGAGAGUUUUAAACUUUCACGUGACUUUCUUUAGCAUUCUUAGAAACCAAAUGUUGUGUUUGUUCUUUUCAGAGUUGUAUAGCCCAUUUUUUCUUUGUCCAGAAUGGUUCUAAAUAGAAUAUAAACCAAUGUAGCACUAUUUUUUUUCUAAACUAAGCCCCAAAAAGAAAAGUGCCUUGCCUCAUUAGAAAAAAUAGAAAAUAAAUCCUCAUGACCUCUAAAUUAGUAUGUAGAACAGUGAAGUUUUGAACAUUCUUCUGUAAUUUCUUUUUUUUUAAAACCAUAAAUUAGUUCAAACUGAAAGUCUUAAGGCUUGAAGAAACCUUAGUAAAUUAUUUGGAAUAUGGAACAUUUACUCCUUCAUUUUAUGUUGUCUUAAUGAUUCUGUGAGAUUGUUCUGGCUCAGAAGCUUUUCUUUGAGGAUGCAUUUAUUUGGGAAAAGUGAUUGUGGAAGACUUUAGUGUAUUAUAAAUUUGUGUUGUAAUCAGCUCUCUGCAUUGAGUGAAUCCAAAUUUCCCCCAUAAUUUGCAUUAGCAAAGUCACUUUAUGGCUCCUAGGUUCUCCAUGUUCUUAUUUAUACAUAUAAAAAUUGUUCUAAGAAAAACAUUUUUGCUCUUUUUAAGUAUGAUGUUGGGGAGGAGAGGAGUGUUUUUAACUUUUUAUAGUUGAUGUAGGGUAGCACAAACAAAACUCCUUCGUAUCUCACUUUUCUCAGUCCUCUCUUGAGGUGCUUUGCUGAUUUCCAUACUUUCCUUUGGUACCAAGAGGUACUAUGUAAGGUAACCUGUUAUACCAAGUUACCUAUUUUGCUUUCCUCCCUAAGGUGUAAUAAUACAGUAAAAGCUUUUUUAUCCAGCGUAGCAGGAGAGUGGAAGUGAAUCAAAACUGUUUUGCUAAUUGUUAAUUCUGUUGCCCCAGGUGGUAUUCCUCUCCUGAUUUCCCUGCCCUUCCCCUAGUUUACCACCCUAAAAAACAGCAUAUUGUCAUUCCCAUUGUGGUCUUGUAUUCUGUUGUGACCUAGGUCAUUGGGUGUGGUGGUCUAGUAUAGUCAGGAUUUGCAUUGAGUGUUCAGAAAUUCCAGUUGGUAAAGUGCCAGAUAACACAGCUUUCCUGUAUAUAGAUCACUAUUGGAUAGGUCAGCAAAGAUAUCUUUUGCAAACUAAUAAUCUAUGAUGCUUCAUUCCGCAAAAACUGCUUAAGAGAAUCUUCGUAAUAGUCCAUUUAGGUUUUAAAAAUGAGGCAGUUAAGAUUUUCUAAAUUAAUUUCUUAAGUACACAUAUCCUCUCUAGUAGUCUGGCCAAGAGUACAGGUUUGGUUAUUAAUUUACAGUUGGUAAUUUUCCACCUUUUCUAACCACUGUGAUUUUUACGUUGUCACUUAAGUGCCUGCCCAGCACUGUAUAUUAAAGGCUGUCACAAACACUAGAAAAAGGGACUGUCAUCUUCUUGAGUACAAACUAAUAUGGACAAAAAGUUUAUUCUUUCUUUCACAUAAGGACACUGCAAGUUUGUUUUAUCUUGGGUUCCUUCUUCCACCCAAUGUUCAACUAGUUCUUCUGGUAGCUCUUCCUAGUCUUCUAUUUGGUUCCAUUUCUAUAAUUCCUCUAUUUCCACUGAUGUUUUGUGAUAGCUAACUAACUACAGUACAUUUAACCAAUCAUGAUUUAUCUUCUAGACUAUUCGAAUAAUGUAUGAGCGACUCAGCACCCAAUUUUAAACAUUAAAUAUUAACCUGGGCACAGAGUUUAAAAUAUCACAUCAAAACAUAGGAGAACUGCUUUAUUGUCCAUUUUGCAAGUAUGAAACUUAAACACUGAAACUACUCUAACUGGAGUGGCCGUAUUCUUACCUUGUAAUUUCAGUUCAUCAGUUCAUGUUAAUUUCUUACCAGAUGUUUAAACAGUAGUACCUCUGUUUAUUUGUAUCUGCUCUGUGGUGGAAAUGUUAAACCAUGAUAAGCUUUUGCUACCAACUCUCAACCACUUAAACUUCAGAGCAGAAUAUUUGCUUGGGGAGGAUUUUGUGCUUCAUCUGAGUUUAGAAGUAAUGUCAGGAAAUGUUAAGCAUGUCCUUUUAAAGAAAAUAUAAGGUUUAUAAUUGUCUUAUUACCAUGGUAAUUUAAGUGAAUUUAGAAGUAUUUAACUGCAAUCUUGAAUUAUAAAGUUGGGAUGCAUAUAUAGAGAUAUAUAUCAAAAUCUCAGCUUGAUGUAAAGUAAAUGAGCAGUUACCUGGCGGUUUUUUUUUUUUUUUUUUCAAAUAACUGUUUAAUCCAUAUAUUCCAUAACAUCCUUAGCUUCACUUCAAUAUUUAUUUUGUCCAUUCAUCAGUGCUCCAAUAAGGAAAUGAUAGGAAAUAGCUGAAAAGUACUAAAAGAUUUUAUUUUUUUUUUAUUGAUUAGAAAAAUAAGUUUCUAGGGUAUUUGAAUGCUGGAUUUUUUUUGUCUUAUCCAUCCAUGGCAGCUAAAAAAAAAAAAUCACUCUAAAUAUUCAGGUUUACAUGUUACCUCUCUCUCUUAGGGAGUUGCCAUACCUCACAGUUCAAAGUGUAUUCUAUAGAUCAGUAACAUUAUACUGACAUGUAAUUGCAAUUUACUAUGCAGCAAAAAUGAUUCAAGAAGAAAAAAUAACCUACAGUGUCUAAUUUACCUUUGUAUAGACAAUUGCUUACGUUCCUCUGCUUUUAACACUUGGACUUGGAUGAGAUGCUCAUGUAUGUAUGGGAAUGUCACAGUGGGAGAUGCUGCUAGCUCAGGCACAGAGUAUUAAAAUCAUUUUGUGAAGA